AUGACAUACGGCUUGCAUCUAUCGACUCAAACAAAACAACCACAAUUAGAUCCAGCUACGAUAUUUGGUAUUAACGCUUCGCUAGGUGGUGUUGAGCCUAAACCAAUUGCAAGUAACUGA